GCGUGGGAUUGGUAGCAGAGGAAGAAGAGAAAGCAGAGACAGCAGACGACGUUGGUGAUGACGGCGAUGGCGACGACGACGACGACGAUAAGGUAGAUUCAUCCCAGGAACAGCACCAUCACACCGUCUCCAUUGGACCCAAAACUAUACUUAAGUACGCAAACUCUCCAUUCCAAGCUUGUUUGCUGCACUCCUUUUCCUGGACUCCUCUGUUUCAUUGGUGCUGCACAAGCACAAACGUUCAUCGGAUAAGGUCUAUCGAUAAGGUAGUUUUAUAUUUUGUAGCUUCUGAGAUCCCCCGUGUCUUUGAUACACAUUCAACCUUGCCUCUUGACUAUCAACUUCCAAUCCCACCACCACUGCCACAACAUUGUCAUCACCACCACCAUCGCUAUCAUGAAUCGCUACCAUGGCAUCAACAGGCCUGCCACUAUCGGGGGGCCUUCAAAGGCAUCCGCUACGACUACGUGCCAAAAGUGCCUCAAAAAAGGACACUAUAGUUAUGAAUGCAAAGCAAAUGCGCAAGAACGUCCCUAUGUUUCCCGCCCCUCUCGUACACAACAACUUUCCAAUCCCAAGCUUGUUCCAAAAUUGACAAGUGAUGUGCCACAAGAUCUUUUGAAAAAGAAAGGCAUUGCCGAUGAGCAACUUGCGAAACUGGAGCUGGAACGAGGUCGCAAACGUGAGAGACAAAAUGAAGACAUGGACACGGGAGCUUCUAAGCGCAGAAGAUCGGCUUCUUCAGCAUCGGUUUCAACAAUAUCUACAAACAUGUCACGCUCGCCUUCACCAAGAGAAGCUCGACGCGCACCCGAUACAUAUAAGUCUAGACAUUCCUAUUCACCACCUCAACCUGCGUCUAGUCGAUACAAGCGUAGGACUCCUAGCUUGUCGCCGUCGCCAUCACCGCCCCGACAAGAUAUACAGAACUCGGGACAGAAGCGGAGAAGAGACGCAUCCUCUUCCGUAGAUUCGUAUAGCUCCAGAGACGAAGAAGAUAUGAGAGAUUCGAGAGAGAGGGGAAAUAGCCGGAGUACCAGAAAGAGGUUCAACGACCGAAGCCCCGAGAUUCGUGGGAGGAAGAGUGAGAGUCGAAGUCCCCAUAGAGGUAGAAGAAAUGUCUCUACUGAUAGGAGACGAUUUGAUGAGCCUCGGGUCAACGAAGGGCGUAGGGAGUCUUUCGCGUCUUCUGCAGCUCAUGCACACCCACCGAGAGAGAGGAGUAUGAGCCCUUUUAGUAAAAGGUUGGCACUAACACAAGCAAUGAAUAUGGGCCGGUGAGCGUUCCGGGCGGGGAAGUGGUAGAAGAUGCUUGCGCGGUUGUGAAACACCCUUUGGCUAUCUGCCAACUUUUGUAUCUAUAUUAAAAUAUAAGACGCCCGUACGCCUCA